CUCUCUUGCUGCUGUGCCCUUCUCUCACGGCAGGUAGCUCCCGCGUGCAGCACGUUAUCAUGUUCAAGUUUGGCUUCUAUCCGCCCUCGUCAAACGAAGAGCAGCAACAAGAACAACAGUCUGCUGUUGCGAACGAGGACACUGCUGUGACCAAUCCUGAUCAGUAUACCGCGCGGCGGAUUAGGCAUAGAGGAGAUGGCGGUGCAGAGGUACAACAACAAGGGCUGAAGGCGAAGCAGGCAAAACAGCAACUCCCCAGCCGGCACAAGCUGUGGCGUGGAGGUCUAAGGACCUCACUCUCUUCCGCGUCCUUCCUUCAGCGAACGGCGACCUGCCCAGACGUGCCUGAAGAGAGCGACCUCGUGCCGGGACUCUAUGAAGGGGGUCUCAAGGUAUGGGAGGCCAGCCUCGACCUCGUGGAACACCUCUUGUCAAACUCUUCUUCUUCCCCCAUGGGUCUCGACGGUGGAAGCGGCGAGGACGGGAGCGUUGGGAGUGGGACGGGAAGACCCAAGAGCGUUCUCGAGCUCGGUUGUGGGCAUGGGUUCCCGGGUAUUGUUGCUCUCCAACAAGGUGUACGCGUGUGCUUCUCGGACUUCAACCGCGAGGUGAUCGAACAGGUUACCAUCCCCAACGUCAGGCUAAACGUCGAGGCACAUCACUGGCCGCUGGCAGAGUACUAUAGCGGGGAUUGGAGCUCUUUGUCCCCUCUCCUUGAAGAGAGGGAUGGAGGCGGGCUCUUCGAUCUCAUCCUCACGGCAGAGACUCUCUACACCACUGCGGUUGCUGACAAGGUCCUGGACAUGGUGGGGAGACACCUUGCGCCGGGCGGCCAAGCCCUGGUGGCCUCCAAGCGGUUUUACUUCGGCACCGGGGGCAGCACGCAGUAUUUCCGAGAGGCGAUUGCCGCCAGAUGUAAUUCUGCUGCUGUGGAGGCGUCCAGGAGGCUGGUGUGCUCCGACGCGGCCGUGAUCGACACAGGGAAAGGCAACAUCCGGGAGGUGUUGAGGGUUUCCUGGGAGGAACCGGAGGAGGGGGCGGAGCCCGGGGUGGCGGAGAACGCGCGUGUAGUUGCGGCUGUACAAACAUCUAGGGAUAGGGAUAGGGGUGUGUUGGAGACGGGGUGAUGGGUGUUUUGAGCUGGGACGAGGACAUCGGCUGAUGGUAGGCAUCGUGAUGGCUUUGUGACAUUUGAGUGUGCGGUGAAGGCGCGGUGACUAGUGUUUCGUGCUGAGAAGAGGGCAUUUGGGCUGUAAACAACCCGUAUCGGUUUGCUUCCGGAACACAACCUAGAGUGGAGAGGGUACCGUCAGGUCAGCACUAAUACUCACGAUUCAACGCUAGGGGUGGGCAAAUGGGUGCCUCAGUUAGGGCCUGGGCAACACAUCCCAUGUGAACAUAAACAACGGUGUCUACGAAGACGGCGCAGGCGUGGUCGAUUUCUCUCCGGAUGUCUGUGUGAAGCUGCCCGACUAGACGACAAGCGAGUCAGACGGUGAUGCCGAGGUCUCCCGAUAUGCAUGCUCUCGGUUAAUAUCUCAUUGAAAAUGUU